AGCUCCGUCGCCAUUUUCGGAAUGAAAUCUUUAUUGCGGAGCUGUUUGUCCUUCGGAGGAGUUUAAAUAAAGAGCCGGACUGUUUGAAUGACGUUAAAGUUUCCCACCUGUGCAGGUGACCGAUGGAGCUGCCGAACUACAACAGGCAGCUGAUGCAGCAGCUGCAGGCUUUGCGAAAAGACUGCCAGUUCUGUGACUGCACCAUUCUGGUGGAGGGAGCCCCUCACCCGGCCCACAAAGUCGUCCUGGCCGCUUCCAGCCUGCUCUUCAAGUCUCUCCUCGAAAGUUCAGACAGCAUCUCCAUCGACACAGCUGUGGUCACCUCCCAGGAGUUCUCCUCUUUGUUGGACAUGGUCUACACGGGCAGACUGCCGCCAGGCAAGCACAACUUCUCCCGCAUCAUUGCCGCGGCAGACAGCUUGCAGAUGUUUGAUGUUGCUGUCGGUUGCAAGAACAUUCUCAAUGACCUUGUGAAGCAGGUCCAGACCACAGAGCCUCAGCUUUUGAAGGAAGAACACGUGGACCUCCAGUGUACUACUCCUUUGUGUGAAAGGGAAGAGGCAACUGAGGUCAGUACUUCUGAAAGCCGGGGAGACCUUGCUUCAGAAGAAGGUACGUCUGAUUGUCCAGGGAUUUCGGAGGACAGUGUGAAGAACGUGGAAAAAAGGAAUGGGUCGAAUGAUCUGAAGAGGAAUACAGAGGAUUCAUGUAAAAGAGCUGGUCUGGAGUCAUCAAAUGUUGAUGAAGAGGGCGCAGAAGAUCUGUUUUCUCAAAAGCGAGGCGAGAUCCUAAAGAUCCUAAAGGACGUCCAGCCAUGGAUUAAAAUUCUUUGCACCUGGGAGAGAGUCCCUCCCGCACAACGACAGAUUGUGCUGGAAUGCUUUGAGGGAGAUCCGGGGGCUGAUGUGGUAUUUCAGCGUCUGUUGGACCAAUUGAAGGACAAGCAUGAUCUCUCAGCCCAGACCUUCCUCACCCUGCUGGACCAGUUUAAGAGCCUAAAGCUCGAUCUGGACGCGGUCCUGGUGGAACAGCGAGAGCCAGAUCUGACAGGGAACUCUGCAGCUGUGGUUACGAGAUCUUCUGGAUAUCUGGAUAAGCGUGCAUUAAAAUUGACUGACUACCUCACCAGCGUUAAGAACAUCUUUGAGCUGUUGACAGAGGCAGCAGACAAGUGCAAAAAUGAAGCUUUAAAGGAGGUGCUGUUGGAGUGUAACGGAGAGCAGAGUCGGGUGCAGGUGGUGAAGAGGCUGUUGAGCGUGCUCAGCGAGAGAGGCCUGGAGGAACGCUCUCUGCUGGAGCUGCUUCAGGAGACCUCAGACCUGAACCAGCUUCAGAAACCAAGAAACACUGGAGGUAAGAGAACGGAGGACUACAGUGGAUUGGCUCUGUUGAGAAUGUUCUGGAACAGACUCUGUGAGCUGAAUCUGCACCCUCAGCUCAUCAGCCAGAGUCUGAAUGGAGGGCCCACCAUCCCGUCUGACCAGAAAGAGUGUAUCCAAGGUCUGCUAGACGAGGAUGCAGGUGUUGGGCUGAUGGACAGACUGCUGGAUGCUGCUCUGAAUGAGAGUCCAGUUCAGACUCUGACUGUGUGGAGGCUUCUCUUCUGGGCCGGGACGUUGAACCCUGAGCUGGGACUCUUCACACAGGAGAUCAGUCAGAGCCCAGAGGCUCAGUCACUCAUCCACACUGUUGCUCAAGUGGAUGUCUUGUAUAAGCACAAAGAUCUGAUUCUGGAAACCUUCAGUGACGUCACUGACCUGGAACGAGCUGCAGGCAGUUCGGACUGUGAUAAAGACGCUGUCACUGAGUUCAUGCAGAGCUGUCGAGGGUCUGAUGGCGUGACGGAGUCCAUGGAGCAGGUUUUGGACAGAGUGCUGAGCAGAGACUCACAGCACGUCCGGCCGCUCUGCUGCUUGCUGACCAUGAGCCGGAAGAGCUUCCCGCAACUUUUGCCUCUGAUUGAGGAGCUCAGCCACGCUGUGCCAGAGCUUGCUGCACCUCCUCAGGCUUCAGGCUCAGAUGAGGAGGAGGAGGAGGAGGAGGAGCGCAGGAAGACUGGAGUGAGGAAGAAAGGUGUGGUGGCCUCCUACAGCUGCCAGUGGUGCAACAAGAGCUUUGACUUUAAGUGUCGUCUGAUGAGGCACCAUAAGCGCUGUGCUCUGUCUCCGGGGAAAGCCCAGCAAUGUCCAGACUGUUCUUUAAACUUUCCCUCCCUGACCGCCCUGCAGCAGCACCGCAGCAAGGACCACGGAGACCCCCCAGUCAAGAAGAGGAAGACGCAGCCCGUAGCCUGCGACCUCUGCAGCAAGAUCUUUAAACACCCUUCGGGUUUGUUGUACCACAGACGCACGGAGCAUUUGGAGGAAAGGCCGUACGAGUGCAAGGAAUGCGGAGCCAAAUUCGCAGCCAACUCCUCGCUGAAGAAUCACAUGCGUCUGCACACGGGGGAGAAGCCCUUCCAGUGUAAACACUGCAAUAUGAGCUUCGCUGUGGCCGCUGCUCUGUCCUACCACACAAAGAAGAAACACGCAGAGGGUAAGAUGUACUCGUGCCAGUACUGCUUGGCUACGUUUGCGCAGUCCAUCGAGCUGACACGGCACGUGCGCACGCACACGGGUGACAAGCCGUACGUGUGCAGGGAGUGCGGGAAAGGCUUCAAACAGGCCAACGGCCUCUCGGUCCACCUGCAGUCCUUCCACAACGUUGCAGAGCCUCACGACUGUCAGAAAUGUCGAGUGAGUUUCGGUUCGCUGGACGAGCUCCGAGAGCACAUCCAGGAGGUUCAUCCCAAAGAGCUGCACCAGUGCCCUGAGUGCAGCCGGAUCCUCAGCACCGCUGCCCAGCUGGAGAAGCACAUGAACAUCCAUGACGGCAGUAAACCCUACAGCUGCAAGAGCUGCCACAAAUCCUACCAGACUCUCUCAGGGUUGUGGUACCACAAUCGCACCACCCACCCGGACAUGGUCACCGCGGAGGGCAGCAGACCUCUCUCGCACCUGCUGCGCUGCAAGAUCUGUGACAAGGCUUUCUGCAACAGGAGCAGCCUGUUCAAACACCACAUAACCAAACACCCAGAGACGCGCUCUGCUGCUGAAGAGCUGGAUGAGAAGGAGACACAGGCUGGAGCCUCGCUGUGGAGGUGUCCGUAUUGUCCAUGUGUAGUGGGCAGUGAGCAGGAGUUGCAGCAGCAUGUGUCCAGUGAGCAUGUGAGCCAGCAGGGGUCCGUGUUUGGCUGUGUGGUCUGCUCUCUCACCUUCCCCUCCGAGGCUGAGUUUCAGCAUCAUUUCCUCACCACACACCUGCAGGUCAUCCAGGAGGAGGAGUCCACCCAAAUGGUGAUCCAAGCACAAGACACCUCAGCUGAGGGGGCGGAGCAGAUGGAAGGGCUGGACCAAUCACAGCUGUCCGGCUCUCAGCAGGUGUUUGUUGCCCUGGGCGAUGACGGAGAGUCGGCAGCUGGCUCAGGAAUCGUCGCGGUCAAUAUGGAGGACUUGUUGGCGGGCAGAAUCGCGCUGAUCUGUGAGGAGAAUCCAUAGAGCUGCGUUUACACCACGACUCAUCUGUUCUAUCCAAAUCCACAACCUCAUGUUUUAAAUUCUGAGCCUCUUAUACAGCUGUAUGCAAACGUUUGGGCACCUCUAGUCAAAUUGCAUAUUUUGUUGACAUCCUAAGUGAUAGUAAGUCAACA